CCCGGCGGAAAGUUUUUCCUUACGGAGUUUUGGCCGCGGCAAUCGGAGCGAGCCAUGGACGCGCUCAAGUCCGCGGGGCGGGCACUGAUCCGGAGCCCCAGCAUCGCCAAGCAGAGCUGGGGGGGCGCCGGCCGGCACCGGAAGCUGCCUGAGAACUGGACAGACACUCGGGAGACACUGCUCGAGGGGAUGCUCUUCAGCCUCAAGUACUUGGGCAUGACACUGGUGGAACAGCCCAAGGGCGAGGAGCUGUCGGCUGCAGCUGUCAAGAGGAUCGUGGCCACGGCUAAGGCCAGCGGGAAGAAGCUGCAGAAGGUAACUCUGAAGGUGUCGCCACGGGGAAUCAUCCUGACUGACAGCCUCACCAACCAGCUGAUUGAGAACGUGUCCAUUUACAGGAUCUCCUACUGCACAGCAGACAAGAUGCACGACAAGGUGUUUGCAUACAUCGCCCAGAGCCAGCACAACGAGAAUCUUGAGUGUCAUGCCUUCCUCUGCACCAAGCGGAAGAUGGCCCAGGCUGUCACCCUCACAGUAGCCCAAGCCUUCAAAGUUGCCUUUGAGAUUUGGCAGGUAUCCAAGGAAGAGAAGGAGAAGAGGGAGAAAGCCAGCCAAGAGGGAGGGGACGUCCCAGGUGGGGCCCACCAUGACAACACCCCUCCGCUGAAGAGCCUGGUCGCUACCGGGAACUUGCUGGACUUGGAAGAGACGGCCAAGGCCUCGCUGUCCACGGUCAGCGCUAACACUCCUAACAUGGACGAAGCACUGUGGCCUCAAACCUUGAGCAAUAGCAGUGUUGUCUGGGAGCUGGAUGAUGGCCUGGAUGAAGCAUUUUCGAGGCUGGCCCAGUCUCGGACGAACCCUCAGGUCCUGGAUAUUGGACUGACAGCGCAGGACAUCCGUUACGCCCACUGCCUCUCACCUGUCAACUGGGAUAAGCCUGAUGGCGGUGGCACUGAGCAGGAUGAGCUCUUCAGCUUCUGAGGGCCUGGGGCUAGCGCCACAUGACUGACCACUACAUGAAAUGGACCAAAGCCGCCACGGCGGGAGCCAGCCCUUGGGCCUGUGUCCCGGCCUCUUCCGGUCUGCAGCACCAUCAGCCUUCACAUCAAGGCUGUAGCCAGUCAAGCAGGGGGAAGGAGAGAUUUUCAUUUGACCUCGCCCUUUCUCUGAGAACUGAAAGAUGCCUUGAAUAUUUAUUCAGUGACUCUCCUGGUUCAUGCUCGGAAGCAGUUUUGUGUCAGCCACGUCUCCCACUGCGUAACGUGUGCGGUGUGAUAACCAGCUUCCUGCUCGCUCUCUCUAUCAGACAAGCUCUGUUCUGGCUGUGGGUGUUGGGACAUGACCAAAGCAUUUCUUGUACCUUCUUUCUAAGGACCUAGGUUUCCCUGGAGGCAUCCUGUCCCUUACUGAAAGCAGCUGGAUUUCAGUCUUCGGAGCACAGGAGGGCACUCGCAGCCUCAGGAGAGGACUGUCCUCAAGCUCACCUUCCCUGGGGCCCCAGCGGGCCUGGGCUUGAGCCCCUGGACCCUGGGCCUCUCAGAUACAGAGGGGUGGGCCCUGACCAAAGACAACAUGUAG